CGUCUGUCUCGCGCCUGUUGGUACUGUGUGUUAACUGGUGUAAACGUUAGUGCUGCAGUGAAUCUCCCAAAGAUAUAUGCGUCUCAUUUGCCUUUUGCUUUAUGUGGAGCUUAAAGCUUUUAUACUUUAUAAUGAUAACCACACAGUUUGUGUUAGAAGAUUGAAAUAGCUUAGCUGUGCAACAUGGCUAACGAACAGCCAUGUCGGUGUGCGCUGCCUUAACCGUGUAACGUUAAUUAGAUUAAGUUAGAGGCGGUGUGAUUCGUUUCAUUGUUAACCUACUUCAAGUAAACAAUUUGCUAAACGUCGCGACUACACAUGACUGUAUUAAAGCAUGAAACAAUAGAUUCUGUAGCUAUAUUAAGUAACUACAACCGUGUGUUGUGUCCUUAACAUGAGCGCUCACCUGGUGAACAGAGUGGUUUCCAUUGGAGACUGGGGACGCCUAACGUUAAUAAGAUUUAAUGUUAGCUAAGUUAGCUAGCUACUAACGCGCCCAGGAGAGAAUCAACAUGGCUUCAAAGGUGAAGGGCAAACCAUCAAAAAGUUCAUUCGGAGAUGAAGAUUUGCUGGACAGCUUAUUUGAUGAUAAAAAACACCCAGUAAGAGGGAAAGCAACUCGGGGUGGGCCACUGAAUCGCUCUUCUGCAACUGAUAACAUCUUCAGUAUGCUGGCAGAGGAGGUAAAUAGGGAUGGUGGGGAGACUGAGGACUCUGAUGUCUCAGCAGCAGAUCCCAGUGACAUACUGAAGAACAUGAAGGACAUGGAUGAUAUGGAUGCUGACCUUUUUGCAUCAAAGAUAAAGCCUAGUUCCGCUCCUGCACAAACAAAGCCAGUUGGUAAUGAGGGGCAAAAGAGAAACUCUUCCUUGUUAGAAAGUAAUGUAAAUCCAGAGGGAGCAGAUGAACCCACCACUGGAGGAAAGAAGCCAAACUCUGCACCUUCGUCCACUGCACCUAACUACAGGAAGUUCACCUUCUCUGACAGUGGUGGUGAUGAGGAAGGUGUUGGUCAGACACCUCACACUAAAGAUCUAGGCGACCCACUGGCUGAUCUACUUGAUGACUUGCUUCCAGAUGAAACCAAGCCCGAAUCGAAAUCCAGCACACAGCGGGCUAAACCUGAAAAAUCAGCGCUAUCUCCCUCCACAUCUCCUGUCCUAAAGACUGAAACACCUAAGGCAGCAAAGACACGAGGUGAUCUUACAUUUGAUGAUGAUAAGGAUGACCUAAUGGAUGCACUCGGAUUUGACAGUGAUAAAAACAACCCCAAGAAAAAAGAGACUAUGCUUUGGUCCAACAAGGAAAGCCUCAGGAGUGAACCCCCUCAGAGAGCUCGUACUAGACUAGAUGAGAUUCUGGAGAGUUUGACUUCGCCUCGUCUUCUGGAGCGACCUCCGACGGGCGAGAGGAAGGAGCGGCCUCAGUCUCAAGAGAAGCAGCAACAAGAGAAGACCUCUAGUGUGAAAGAACCACUGGUAGAAGAUGACCUUACAUUUGGCUCCUAUCAGCCCACUCUGGUAUCUACGCCUGAAGGGCGCCAGUCCCGCAGACAGUCUGUCAGAUUUUCUACAGAGGAUGUCAGUUCCUCUACCCCAGAGAAGAAACCAAAACCCACCACCCCUACUCGACGUCACAACUCUGCUGACUGGCUAGGCCUCAAGACAAACGACGACCAUACCUUGCUAGAGGGUAAUACCAAAGAGACCAAGACUUCAGCAGAGUCCCCAAAGGCUUCGUCCUCUCCUUCAUUAGAGAGAAGACUCUCUCUGACUAGUCAGGGCACAUCUGCUUUAAAAGUGGCAGCAAACACCCCUGCGCCAACUGAUAAUAUUACCAAACAAACCAAGCCAGACGUCUCUAAAAGCCAGAAGAGAGAAGAGGAAGAGAAGGGUGACUGGUUAGCAGGAGCUCUGAGCAGGAGGAAGGCUCUGUCGGUGUCGAACACGGAGGCAAAAAGGUCCAAGCAGGAAGACUCUUUAGGCCUGGGAGAAGAAGUGGACCUGGAGUCCAAUAUUAGCAACACUUUUCUUGGACAGCCCAGCCCCACUGCACACUCCACUCCUGUCAUCGAGAAGAGGACCAUGCAAGAUUGCACUCCUCAAGUUACCGACCCAUUGCCUGCCUCUGCUGCUAGCGUUAGCCACACCCAGCCCCAGCCCCAGGCUCAGUCCCAACCCCACCACUUACCAUCCAAUAAGGGAUCCAGCAUGCUACGAGGGCCCAGUCAGGCUCCGGAUGAAACCCCCCAACAGCUGCCAUUGCUCAACCCUAUGUCUACUAUACUGUCUGGCUCAGUGUGGUCAGUUCCACAGCAAAACCAAACGCAAAGUACAUCAACUGCUGUCCAACAACAGGUGACACUUUCAGCAGACAGUCUGCAGCAGCUGCUUUUGCAACAGCAGAUGAUGCAGGCUCAGUUGCUGGGCAUCGGGGGCGUCGGGGAUGCAGGGGUCCUGCAGAGACUCAAACAGAUAGAGCAGCAACCUGGAGACCAUCAAGCUUUACAGGCUCGCAUCAUCCAGCUGGAGGGACAGGUGAAGACCCUGCAGCUGGAGCGAGACCAAAGCCAAACGUUGCUAGAGAAUGUCAAGCAGAGGCAUAAAGAGGAUAUGGAGCUUAUGGAGAACGCACACAAAGCUCGUGUGAAGCUGCUUGAGGAAUCUGCAGCACAGAGGGACACACAAGCGCGGCAGGAGUGUGAAGACCUAACAGAACGCCUGGCCGCAGUAACACGAUCAGCUGAGCAGGAAUGCGCAGAGCUGCAGGCUCAGUACCAGCGUAAACUGGCCCAGGCCCAGCAAGACAGAGACCGCGAGGUGGAGAGACUCAGAGACCUCCAGAGGAAAUCUAUCUUGGAGAUGAAGAAAGACCACGAGGACCAGGUCCGGAGGCUGAAGAAAUUAAAAGAUGAAGAGAUUGAUGCAGUUACCAGCGCAACAUCUCAGACCAGGUCUCUCACUGUGGUGAUUGAGCAGAUGGAGCAGUUCUCCUCUCAGCUGGGGGAGCUUUCUUCUCGGGUGGAGAGCACACAUGAACACACAGCUCACGGCCUGGAGCAGGGGGCACGGCACAGAGACGAGCAACUUCGAAUGAUGCAGGACCGUCUGGCCCAGCAGCAGAAAGCCAUGGCGGAGGAGAGAGCUUACCUCAAGGAAAUAAUUUCCAGGAUGGACACUCAGCUCAAUGAGCAACAGAGACAGCUUGAGAAGGAACGCUGGAAGAUGACGGCCGAGCAGGCCAAGGCAGAAUCCACCCAAAGAGGCCUGGAGGAAGAGCGGCGUGCCCUCAGCAUGCAGAUCACUGUGGAAAGAGAGGAGCUGGAAAGGGCGAAGAGUGCAUUACUGGAGGAGCAGAAGUCAGUGAUGCAGCAUUGUGCAGAGGAGAGGAGGAAGCUGGCAGCUGAGUGGGCCCACUUCCACACUCUGGAGAAGCAGAGGCAUGAGAGGGCUGAACGGGAAGUCAGCAGCCUCUUGGAGAAGAGAGAGGGAUCAAUCAUCAGUCUGGCACAGGAACAAGCUGACCUAAAGCUUCAUACUGCAGAGCUGAAACAAAAGGAGAUGGCUGUGGCACAGGAGAGAGAGACUCUGGAAAGACUGAGAGACGAUCUGGAGAGAGAGAAAGAGAGAAUCAGCAGCACAGCCAUGAGACUCAAGACACGAGCCCAGGAGGUGGAGGCCUUCAGCAAGCUUGCUGCAGAGAAGCACGAAGAAGGAGAACGAGCGUUGCACGAGGCAAAGCGUGUGGAGGCUGAGCAUGAGGCGAGGCUCAGAAAUAUCCAUAUGCAGACAGAGCGUCUGAGGCAGCAGGAACAACGACUCCUCCAGGAGCAAAUGCAGUUAAAUCACCUGCAGAAGGAGACAGAGAGGCUGAGGCAAGAUCCUCAAAUUACCUCUUUACCACAAAUGAUUCCACCCCUUUUACCAGAUGUAGGUUCAGUGUUGCCAAACCCUGAGCUGGCAUCGACCCUGAGUAUUCCCACUCCUACUUUUCCCAACUCUCAGUCCAUGGCUCUUCAGGCUAGUCUGGCUCUGUGGAAGUACACUGCACAAAAGGACCGUGAAUACCUCCAAGAAGAACAGUUCUUCUUAGACAAUUUGAAGAAGAAAUCUUACAGAUGAUCCUUCAGCAUAGACUAACGCAUGCUGGGUGCUCCCAGUAGGAUUCAUGUUACUUAUCAUGUGCCAUGAUGCUGGAAUUUUAAUAAACAUGUUUUAGAUCA